UGCCCCUAAGUAGACCAUUCAAGACAGUGCUCGACGCUUGGUGGGUCCGACGAGCUGCGCAGUGCCCGCUGGACACCCUCACUCACUGGACAGUGUUCGUUGUUGGCCAAAGAAAAGUGUUCACCCUCAUAAGUGCCAAAGACCGCUAAUUUAUUACCAUGUUUCUUCGAGGCCCUUUGGCCGCCCUGCUGACCACGUUGGUCACCUGUUCGGCGUUGCAACAAUACACGCCGGUCCCCAUUGACGAAUCCACCUCAGAAUGCGCCCUGCUGCUUGAGGGCCCUGGCAGAAGUUCCGUCUUUGACCACAACCUCAACGUUCUCAGGGGAACUUUUGGAUAUGAUGGUCGUCACACUUGCAUCACCUAUGACGCUGUCAACCAGGCGUAUAUCCAGUCAAGGAAAAGAAUUGCCGUGUCUCAACCCAAGGUGGGCGACUGGCGUACCGAAGACAUCGCCACCGUCGGCGAGUUGCUGCUCGACAUUUCCAUCACUCUGGCCAAAACGUACGGCCUCAGCUACGAAGAUAUCGAGAAGGGUCUGCCCCUGGUCGACACCUCCAAGACCCUGAUCCGCGAGGUUUGCCCUCCUUUCCUUGCCAAUGUCGAGUGCAGGGCCGGCAAGUACCGCCGAUACGACGGUCUUUGCACCAACCUGCAGCAUCCCACCUGGGGAGCCACCAUGACCCCCUUCACCAGAUUGAUCGGUCCCCUGUACGCUGACGGCAUUUCUGCCCCCCGUAUCUCGGUCACUGGUCGCCAGUUGCCUCUUCCUCGUAUCGUUUCCCGCACUGUCCACCCUGACGAAGGUUUCCACGAUCACGCCGGCACCGUCAUGGUCGUCGCCUGGGGUCAGUUCAUGGAUCACGACUACACCCUCACCGCCACCCCUCUUGACCCUCUGAACCGUAACGAGCCCGAGGAGUGCUGCCACAGACCCCCUCAUCUCAAGAAUCCCUACUGUUUGGAAAUCGAAAUCCCCGGCAACGACUACUUCUACGGCCACUACAACGUCAAGUGCCAGGACUUUGUCCGUGGUUUCGUCGCCGUCCGACCCGGCUGCAGACUGGGCUCCAGGACGCAGUUCAACACCCUGACCGGCGUCCUGGACGGCAACACCGUCUACGGCGUCAGCGAGCACUUCUCCCGCGGUCUACGCGCAGGCUAUGGCGGUCUCCUCAGAAUGAACCCCGUCUUCAACGAGUACGGUCUCAAGGACCUGUUGCCCCUCAAGCUGGACAUCCCUGACGAGGGCUGCCUCCGUCCCAACAAGUCUAUGUACUGCUUCGAAGCUGGUGAGAUCCGUGUCAACGAACAGCUCGUCCUGACUUGCAUGCACACCCUUAUGGCCCGUGAACACAACCGUCUUGCCCAGGGUCUGGCUCAGGUCAACCCUCAUUGGGACGAUGAAACCGUUUACCAGGAAGCCCGUCGCAUCAACAUCGCCACCAUCCAGCACGUCACCUACAAUGAGUUCCUGCCUAUCAUCCUCGGCAAGGAGGUGAUGGAGAAGUUUGGUCUGCUCCUCGAGAAGGAGGGCUACUGGGACGGUUAUGACCCCAAUGUCAAUCCCAACGUCAUUGACGCUUUCUCCGCCGCCGCUUUCCGUUUCGGACACUCCCUCCUGCCCACCGCCGUCGAAAGAUGGAGCAAGGCGCAUAAAUUCAUCGCGUCCAAACGUCUUUCCGACUUGAUCCGUCAGCCCUACGACUUGUACCGUGCCGGUGUCCUGGACGAGUACUUCAUGGGUCUGAUGAACCAGGUGGCUCAGGCCAUGGACGACUCCGUCACUCAGGAGGUUACCAACAUGUUGUUCAAGAAGCCCGGCCAGCGAUUCGGUAUGGAUUUGGCCUCUUUCAACAUGCAGCGUGGUCGUGAAUUCGGUCUCCCUGGCUACAUGGAGUUCAGGAAAUUCUGCGGACUUCCUGGCGCCGAUACCUUUGAGGAGCUCUUCGGCUCCAUGAGCAACGAGACCAUCGCCCGCUACUCUAGCAUUUACGAGUCGCCCGCCGACGUUGACCUUUGGUCUGGCGGUGUGUCCGAAAGACCCCUUCCUGGCAGCAUGGUUGGUCCUACUUUCGCCUGCAUCAUCGCCACUCAGUACAGCUACUCGCGCAGAGGCGACAGAUUCUGGUUCGAGCUGCCCAACCAGCCCUCUUCCUUCACUCCUGAGCAACUGCAAGAAAUCAGGAAAACUCGUCUUGCCCGUCUCAUCUGCGAUAACACUGACUUGAUCGACACCGUUCAAGUUUACCCCAUGGUGCUGCCUGAUCACGAAAUCAACCCUCGUGUGCCUUGCCGCAGCGGAGUUUUGCCUUCACUCGACUUCAGCAAGUGGGCCGAGUUCCCUGGCACCGGCAACCUGGUGCACGCUGCCUCUGCUCCCAUCGCCGCCGAGCACAGCGCACCCUCGAUAGAGGCUGAGGAGUUCGCCCACAAAGUGGUCGCGCCGCUGCUGCACUCGACCAAAAUUUUCAAGCGAGGAACAGCCAACGGAACAGUGGAAGCCUAGACUGCUCGAGAUUGAUGGACUAAUCAAUCUCUCAGAAAUAAUUGAAAGAAAGAAAUAACCCGAGACUCACUGACUACAACCAAAUCAACUGCAUGUACUAUAACUAACCAUGAGCGCGCGAUUGACCUGCUGCACCCAUCUGUGACUGGUGCUAGCAAAAGAAUAAUUCAGUUCGCGCCAACCGCAUCAAUCAAAUAGCGUCACUUUGCUCAUCUUCUCAUUAACAGUUGUGCUAUUAUGAUAAUUGUGCUAUGACAAAAGGAAAUCUGCGAAUUGUCGUUUUGUUUAGGAGUGGGUCAAGUUUUAUUUUUAUGCUUGGGGGGAAACGCAGAAUCAAAAUUAUGAUUAAAAUUUGCCCCUCCCUCAAAGUGGUGGAACUGUGUUGUAUUAUGUUUUUUUUUUUGCGAGGGACCGCGCACUUUGAACAGAGGGCGAUGGAAGAUGUUCUGUUUUGUUGAUGAUCUUAGUGUGAAUCGCCCCAUGUACAAGAAGUGCGCCGCCUCCCGAAACAAUGUGCGACACCACAAUUGAGAAGUUUUGUUUAUGAGAUUUGUAUACGCAUAAAUGAUAAUAAAUACACAAUGUACAUAAAGAAAA